AUGAGGCGGCAGCAGCCACAGAACGAGCAUCAGGACUACGGAUCCAAGAUGCUGCACGACCUAUCCUCCCUGGUCCUCAACAUCAUGCGCUCCCCGCCUCCGCCGAUCGAUUUCUCCGACGAUUCGUCGCUGUCGCACCGCCGCGGGAGGCCGGGACCUUCGUUCCAGCAGAUCACGCCGGCGGGUUUCGCCUCCUUGCUGCUGGGGAUGUCCCUGACCCUGAUGCUGUGUGGAUCGCUCACCUUCUUUAUUGGGUUUGUUAUGAUGCCAUGGGUCCUUGGGCUCGUCAUGGUGUUGUACUUUGUAGGGGUGGUUUCGAGCAUCACCGUCAUUGGGAAAGCUAUCCUGUGUUGUAAUUCUGCUCCUCCUUCGCCUAGGAAAGGCGCUGCCUCCUGGAAGGUUUUGUGA